AUGCCGAGAAACCCCAAACGCUCUUCGGUCUCGCCAGAUAGAAAUAAUCAGGCUCCAGGGGACCUGGCCCGUUAUCUAGAAACCCUCGUGUCACCCAUUACCGAACUAAACAAUCUUCUAGAAACACUACCAAACAUUAUACCACAACUUCACGCUCAUGUAGCUACCUCAGAGGAGUUGUCCGUCAAGGCUCAACGAAUCAAGGAGCUGGAGGCCGCAGUCGCGGCAUUUGAUUCGGUACAUAUGAAGACCUCAGAGGCCCUGAAGGUUGAGGUUGGUAAUCUCAAGAAGCGUCUCGAGCACGAAGGGAAGCACGUUGGGUCACUGAAGAAUGACCACGACAGGAGAUUGGAGAAAAUUAAGUUAGAGCACAAGCAAGCUGUUGAAAAACUGGAGCUAAGUCACUCUGCCAUGGUGGAGAGUCUUGAGAAAAAACAUCAGGAUCAAUUGAGAGACGAAAGGAAUGAGUUGGAUAAAGUGAAGAGGGAGAUGGAAGAUGUGGAUGUGAAGAAUUGUGGUUUGAGGGAAAAGUUAGAUUUGGCCAACGAAAAGCUCAGACUGUUGGAGGCGAACAUGGCGUGUCUGCCUGACGAUAAUAUUUUUGAGGAGAAAUGGAAAGACCUAGCGAGGGUGUUCCAUCUUUUCUGCAAGGAACAGUUUACGAACAUCCCAGAAACGCCCACCAAUCACAAGCUCACCCUCCAAGAAUCAUCAUAUCUCGUCAAUUUUGCCACAGCCCUGCCCUUCCCGUUGCCCACCAGUGACACUCAGGCAUCCGUCCUCCUACAUCUUGCUCUUGUGCAGCAUCACAUAUCCAGCACUUUAUGCAAGAACAUCUUUCGAACAAUUGUGGUUCCCAGCACUUGCCCGGACGCUUCUACAAUCUUCGAGUCGAUCUCCACCGUGCUUUACCGCAAGAGCCCACACCUCGAGUCAACUUGGCGUAGUCUCACCACCACCGCUCUCUCCCACACCGGGUCCAAAGGCUCUUUGAAUACAAAAGUUCAAGACAUGGCCACAGAGAUCAUAGAUCUCACAUAUCUCCUGAUCCCCUCUGGCAAUCACGACAGCGUCCAUGAGAAGCUGUGCGGUCUUUUCAAAAUCGCAUUCACCACCUGGCGGCCGACGCAGCGCUGCUCAGCACGCAUCUUUGCGACCACCGAUCUCGGCGAUGACAACGAUGCCGAGCAGUGGGGAUCACAGGUUGAGCAGGACGAGUUUGGGUGUGCUUCGGAUAUGGAUGAAACCGAACAGCAAUGCAACAGCAAGGUGCUGUGUCUAUUCCCACGCGUGUACCGCGAAGAUCAGGACGGGGGGCGCCAUGUGUAUUUCCCGGGAACGGCGCUGUAUGCGGAUUCGGGGGCAUAUGUGGCCGGACUGAAAGAGCAUAGGGUCAUACAGAACCUAAGGGAGGAGCUGACAAAGAAGAAGCAAGCGGAGUCGGGGGGAUCGGUAUUGCAUGGUAGUAGACGGAGUCGGAGGCUAAGCGUGAAUAGGCCGUUGCCGCAGCCGGUGCCGACGCAGGUGCUGGUGCACAAGCCCAGGAUUGGUACAGGCAAGGCUUUGGAAGCCGCAGGCCAGCAACAGCAGGUGGUGAGAGUGGCCGGAGCGGCGGGAAGGUCAGCGGAGGGUAUGGGACCGGCCGAAGCCGAGGGAUCCGGAGCAAUAUUGGGGUCGACCUAG